UCAGGAGGCGGCGCUCGCGGCCUGCGGAGGCAGCGGCAUUACCGGAGCCGCAUUACCGGCUACCGGAGCCUCGUUACCGGAUACCGGAACCGGAUCCAGUUCCGGUUCAUCCGGUAACACCGGAAGGUCAUGAACAUCCUCCCGAAGAAGUCCUGGCACGUCCGGAACAGGGAUAACGUCAUCAGGGUGCGACGGGAUGAGGCGGAAGCUGAGGCCCAGCGCCGGAAGAGGGAGGAGAGGGCCUUGAGGGCGGAGCAAGAGGUCCGCACCAGUGUCCUCAGGAAGAGGGCUCGGGUGGGGGAGGGGAGCGGCCCCUGCCCCUCCCCCCACCUGGAGCUCUUCCCCCCCCCCCACGAGGGUGGGGGAGGGGCCAUGGGGCCCAACCGGGAGCAUGAGGAGGAGAAACGGCGAGAGAAGGAGCAUCAGGAUCGGGCCCUCGGCCUCUUGACCUUCCUGGGUCAGAGUUCAGCCGAGGCCAUGACCUCCCCCCCGUGGUACCUGCGGCCCCCGGAGCCCCGCCCCCCUCCCCCCGCCCCUCCCUCGCCCUCUUACGUCAUCAGCGGCUCCAAAGAGAGGCUCGGGAGGCACAAAGGAGCCGGGAGCUGCUAA